AGUAGGAGGAGAAGAAGCGGGGCUCCGACAGCAGAGCCUCUUGGGACUUCGGGGGAGUUCGGGAGGCGUUGCUGGGAAGGGAAGGAGAAGAGGAGGAGGAGGAAGCCCCCUCCUCCUCUCUCCUCCCGCUGGCCCCCUUCCUUGGGCUCUCCUGGGCUCCGUCUGGGCGAACCCCGGCCCUUGUGCGUGUGUGUGUGUGUGUGGAGGCAGAAGAGCCCUCCUCUCCUUCUCGCCGAGAGGCCGGGCAGAGCCCCUCCUCUGGAGCGCUGACGGUACUAAUAAUGAUGGGUGGCGGUGGCGGACGAGCCCGCAGUUGAACUUGCGAGGCAACGCGGAGGGGGCUUCUUGAACGCCGGGAGGAGGAGGAAGAAGAGAAAGAAGAGAGCCGGCCCAGAGCCCACUACUUCCAAGCGGACACCAGUCAGGUGUUUCCCCCACUGAGGAAGAGUAGAGAGAGAAGGGGGCAGGGCAAGGAGGAGGAGGAGAAGAAGGACGACGCGGGCGACCUCCAGCCUCUCUCUCUCUCUUCGCCCCGAGGCCAACUCUGGAUUAAGCCUCUCGCCCUGACGGUGGGGCUCCUGCCGCUUCCCGCCCCCUCCCGCCCCCUCCUCGGGGUCUCAGCUCCUGCCUGCCACUGCUUUGGAAGGUCAGGAUGUUAAAAAACAUCAUAUGGAUGUGCUGGAUCUUAGCAAUAACAUAUGCAUUCCACAAAGGCAAAAUGGAAAAAAGUCCACCGGUGAAGGGCUCACUGGCUGGAGGGGUCACUCUCCCGUGUUUCUUUUCUACUCCACCUACUUUGCCGCCCAGCUAUCACAAUACUAGUGAAUUCCUCCGAAUUAAGUGGUCAAAACUUGAACAUGAUAUAGGUGAAAAAGACCUGAGAGAAACCACAGUUUUGGUGGCCCAAAAUGGGAAUAUCAAGAUAGGACAAGGCUACAAAGGGAGAGUGUCAGUUCCAAGUCUGCCGGAAGAUGUUGGAGAUGCCUCAUUGACUAUGGAGAAUUUACGGGCAAGCGAUACUGGAAUUUACCGAUGUGACGUCAUGUAUGGAAUUGAAGAUACCCAAGACAUAGUCUCAUUGGAUGUUGAUGGUGUAGUGUUUCACUAUCGUGCUUCAACUAGUAGAUACACCCUGAAUUUCCAGCAGGCAGAAGAGGCAUGUUUGGAAAAUGGUGCAGUUAUAGCAAGCCCUGAACAGCUGACAGCUGCAUAUGAAGAUGGAUUUGAGCAGUGUGAUGCUGGUUGGUUGUCUGACCAAAGUGUUAGAUACCCCAUCAUAUACCCAAGACCUGGCUGCUAUGGGGAUAUGAUGGGAAAGGAAGGAGUCCGGACCUAUGGAUAUCGUCUUCCCAAUGAAACUUAUGAUGUCUAUUGCUAUGUGGGGAGCUUGAAUGGUGAUCUCUUCCAUAUAACUUCUCCCAACAAGCUAACAUUUGAAGAAGCUGUACGAGGAUGUGAAGAACGAGAUGCAGUUCUGGCUACGGCUGGUGACUUGCAUGCUGCCUGGAGGGAAGGCUUUGACCAGUGUGACUAUGGCUGGCUGGCUGAUGGCAGUGUGCGUUACCCUGUUUCUGUGGCAAGAAUCCAAUGUGGUGGAGGUUUACUUGGAGUGCGAACCCUUUAUCGUUUCGAGAAUCAAACCGGAUUUCCUGAACCAGACAGCAGAUUUGAUGCCUACUGCUUUAAACGUAAGGAGAAUAUAUCAGAAACUUCAUCUGCUGAACCAGCUAUACUUUCGGAAAGCGGAUCUGCCAAUUUAUUAAAUGAACAAAAGACAAUGCCUUCCAAAACUUCACCUUAUUCCCACAUCUCUUCAGUUACACAAGAAAUGACUAAAAAAGAAGAAAAUGUACCGAAGAUCAUUAGUUUAUCUACUGUUCUACCUCAGACUAUUACAGACCUUUCUGAUUUGUCAGAUGUUACUGAAAAAAAUUCUUUGCAAAGUGAUCUAGUAGUGACCACACUUAGACAAGAUGUCUCUGACUUCAGCAAGGAAAGUUCUGAAAGUCAGACUGAACAAAUAGAGGUGGGACCAAUAAGGACUUCAGUAGAUGCUCUACUGAGAAAAGACUUGAGCAAAACUGUAGAAACAGAGACUCCUGUUACAUUAACAAAAGAAGAAACACAUAUUGAUACCCAACCAACAAAAAAAUCAAUGGAAGCAAAAAGUGAUGUAAAACUCACAACUGUUGUCAUUCCAAAAGAGCUGCUCAAGGAUCAUCUAGGAUCUACAGACAGGGAUGACAAUGGGAUUAUUAUGCCUGACCAUAAACUAGAGGACUCUAGCACCAUACCAAAACUAGAUGUAGUUAAUGUGACAAAUAUAUUCUUAGAGAAAAAUGCUACAGCUACACCAGAUAAAGCAGCAACCUCAUUUGAAAGAAAAAUUGCACCAACUAUAGGAUAUAUAAAGAGCCCUGUAACACCAGCGUUUACAGUAACGGAUAGAACUAAGACAGUACACACUGACUUGAAAGUCAAAGAAGAAUUUACAGUAACACCUGGUGAUUUAGAUUUAAGAUUAAUUCCAACUUUGUUACCAGUUGAAAGAACAACACCAUCUGGAUCUGAAUCAGGCCCCGUGGAAUUAACUGUUACAGAAGUGGAUUCUACCAAACUUGUAGAUGUAAUAGCAUCUACACCAGGGAUGCAACAAGAGAAGAUGGAAGGAAUAGCAGAUCAGAAAUAUGAUUGGAGUUCUGAAGGGAGUACUCCUGAGGAGCAACCAAAACGAGGAGUUUCCAGUGAAGCAACAAGUAUUUACCCAGUGCUAGUCACUGAAGGCACAACAGGCAUAGACCAAGUUGUAUUUAUUGAUGGAUCAUCAAUGGCAACACCUGGUGCAACAUCAAAGAAAGAACCUGGCAUUUCCUUGGUUCCUGAGGCAUCAGAAGAGAAAAAUGCUACUGUAACCACUCAAACAGGUGCCAAAGGAACACAACCAGAUGUUACUACAGUUUUUGAAGAUGAACUCACUACUAGAGAGCUAGCUAUGGGAAAACUGACCACAAUUCCUGAUUCGAUAGCAGCCUCUUCAAAGCUACCCAUAUCACCAGAACAUGAUGUAGCUGAAGGAUCUGCAUUUGAAGAAAAAUAUGAACAUACUGUGGGCCCAGGUGUGAAAAUCCCAGUUUAUGAAACAGUAACAAAGUCUGAAUUGUCUCCAGAAAAAGUUGCGAUUACUGAGCAAAAGCUGGAACUUACUGAUGUCCCUCCCAUAAAGCCAAGUACAAAAAGUGCAGACGAUGCACUCACAGUCAAAUUUAUAGGUCCUUUCCCUACAAAGGCUUUUGUUUCUUCAACUGAUUUAGGGAAAAUAGAAACUCUUACAACUCAUACCCCAGAAGGCUCAGGAACAACAGAGGAGGCUAUAGAAACAGAGCCCAUUUUAUUUCCAGCUUUGGCAACAAGUAAGCCAACAGUGAUAAGUGACAUAGCCACCAGUACCGUUGCUACAGUAGACAAACACCUAUCAGCUUUGACACUGAAACCUUUAAGCACCAAAACACAGCCACCUUUAAUUUAUACAGAACCUGAUGAAGAUACAAGCAUAGAUGUUCUAGUAAUUGAUGAAUCCAUUUCUCCCAUUAAAACUACUACUGAUGAUGAUUUUACAGGCAAAACAAUAGAACAAGACAUUGAUACAGAAUAUUUUACAUCAUCAACUGUUAUUGGAGUUGAACAGCCUACAGGACAACCCACAGAGGUUUUCGAAUCUCAAGAAGAACCUCCAUCUACUUCAGAUGCAGAUGUUGGUUUGGAAAGCCGACCUGAUAUUAAAGUGUUUGUUGUUGCAAUUUCAGGCAAUGAUACAGAUCCGUUAUAUGGAGUUUGGGAUUUAUUUGGUUACCAAGUUCAUCCACAUGAAAUAGAUGAACCCACUACAGAUGCUGAAUCAACAUCUGAUGAACCCUGUACAGCAACUCCUGAUGAAGAGUCUGCAGAAAUCUUAAUUCUGGACCAUCUCUACCCAGAAAUGUACAAUCUUGGGGAGGAGGAUGAUGAUGAUGGUGCUGAUGAAAACUGUGAAAAUACUACUGAUGUCACAACUCCUCCAGCUCUGCAGUUCAUCAAUGGAAAACAACAGGUGACUACAGCACCAAAAGAUACAAAAGCUGAAGAAGCAAGGAGUGACCAAAUUGAAAGUCUAGCACAUUCAAAAAAUAUAAAAUUUCCCCACAUCAAUGAAACUAAUAUACCAUCUGAGCAUGAGGUCUUUGCCACACUACAGCCUAAUGAAUCUACAGAAAUAAUGGGAGAACCUGUGUCACUGGUUACCCAAAAGGCAAUAGCAGAAUCUCUCAGAAAUGAACUGUCCUUUAGUGGGGAUUCAGAGGUAUCUACUACAGAUAAAAUGCUUCAAGUCACAUCUUUACAUGGUAAAUCUUUAUCAGACGCAACAGAGAAAUCAAUACAGUUUGGAACAGAUCUUAAUCAAAUCUUAAGUAAAUACCCUAAUGUUUUCUCUUUGCUUAAUGCAGAACAUUCAGGUGAUUUUACUACCAAGCCUGAGUUAAACAAUUAUGCAGUUCCUCACACAGGUAAACCAACAUUAAAAGAAGAAUCUAAAAUAUUUUCUGCUACAAUGUCAACUUCAAGUAGGUUACCUCCUUCCACAACUGUAGCCAUAGCCAUAGAUGACAACACAUCACCAAAAAAUGAAGCUUCUGUACUACAAGAUGAUUCUCUAUUAAGAGUUACACUCAAUACAUUUUCUUCUGUUAAGAGUUUAUUGGAACCAACAAAAAGUCCCAAGUCAUUUCAUUCAUUCCCAGUUCAUACACCAGAAGGCUCAGGAGAUGAUCCAGAAGAGAAUUCAAAAUCUACAGCUAUGGUAAUAAAAACAGAAAAGAUUCCUGUUCAGGAAAUUUUCUCAGAUGAUGCAAGACAAAUGCCUACAAAAAGUAGCCAUAAUGCCUCAUUGUACAAAACUACUAGCUCUACAUCCGGAAAAAGUUCUGUAGAAACUGUUACUAUUGCUGAAUUACUUUUAAGUUCUUCAAAAAAUGUAGAAGAAGUGGAGAAUAAUAAGGAAGAUAGUACAAACACAAUUUCUUCAGCAAUUGCUGGAUCUGAGAAGGUGCCAUUCAGUCAUGAUUUAAAAGACAAUAUCAGGGCUGUGAGCCAAGAAACCCACAUCAAAACAAUAUCAACAACAAAUGCUUCAUUUUUAAAAGUCAAAGAGGACACAGAUAAGAUGGCAUCCAUAACCGAAGAAUCUGGGGAUGGAUCUACAGAUGUUUGGAAGAAAUAUGACAUCGAUAUACUUUUGGGGGAUCCCACAAGCAUAGUGGUAAGUACUGAUGCCCCAUUUAUAGAUCCAGGUUCUGGACAAAUUGAUGUUAUAAUUGAAGCUACUACACAAAGUUCAUUCCCACUGAGGUCUGGAAGCAAUGACACACAAGUAAAGGAGUUAGACCUGGCAUCACCUUCAGAAUAUGCAAUAGUUAUUGAUCCUACAAUGCCAGUAAUAGGUAAUGAAUCAGACGGGAAAGCCAUAGAAACUGGAACAGAAAAUCAAGUAUCAAAGAGUACAAUUAAUAACCAGCAAGUGUUACAACAUGACUCAGAUCCAGUUCUUUUGAAGACAUUUAAUGAAAAGUCUAUUGUGGUAUCAAGUGAAGAAGUGACAACAUCUACAGCAAUGGGAAGGAAAAUGGAUGCAUUUGCAACAUCUGGUUUGACAGCAUCCAUGGAGACUUUGACAAACAUGUUUCCUGACACUGUUAUGGCCCACAGUGGUGGAACAAUAAAGUCAGCAACCAAAUUAAGUGAAAAGUAUAAUAAUGAUAAUAUAACUUCUACCAGUAGUUCUCCAAUAUUGGUAGAUAAUGCCGUUCAGCCUGAAAGAGGCUCUAAAUCUGGCAUAACUGAAACAAAGGAAUCUGCUCAACCAGAAAACGCAAAUCAUCUUUCUACAACUAUUUUUGCAGAUGGAAUUAGCCUUGUAGAUAUGGGCUCAGGAGAAGAAUCAAGAGUUGUUGGGCAUAGUAUAGUACUAGUCUCUGAUGGUCCCACAGAAAAAAUAAUGAAUACUAAGGUUUCACUGACUGAACAAGGUUCUGGAGACAUAGACUAUUUUACAGAUUCUCCUACACAAACAACAGUUUUAUCACAAUUUUUGACAGAAAGACCUAGAGAUCAAACCAUAAAAAGUAGGAGCAGUAUAACAUCAGAGGAUCAGUUUAUUACAGACAUUCCUUCAACAUUAAAUAUAAGUAGUGCCCCUAUAAUCCCCUUAACAAAUACAGGAAGUGCAAGACAGGUUUCUAAUGUAUCAGACAUAGAAAGGGAAACAUCAGUUGAACUGGAGAGGAAAGACUUUACAACAAAUUCACCUGUGGAAUAUGUAAUUAAUUCUGCUGAAGAAAGUUCUGAAAAACCAAAAAAAAUGACACAUACUUCUACAGUGAUCAUACAAGAAUUGUUCACUAAAGGUACAGACACUACAACCGAACAGUCAGGAAGAGCUUCUCCAGUUACACCAUGGGUAGAAGACAUAAAAUCUUAUGUCACUUCUGAUACUAAAUCAUAUGAUAUAACCCUUGCAGUUAAACCCCAAACAUUUCAAAAUAAAUCUGUAAGGAUUUCACCAACAUUUGAAUCAAAAGAAAACCAGUUGGAACAAAGUGUUUAUUCUACUGAAGGUAGCCCUCAGGUUUUCUCUGUAUCUACAGAGUAUAAACCAGUGAGCCCAGUAAUUGGUAACGCUGAAUUUUUCACAGAACAAGGUUCGGGAGGUGCCUUUUUUACUGUCCAAUCUACUACUGUGGAUGCAAAUUCUGCUGUAAAGGCAAACACAUUAAAUAAUUAUAUGCUUCCUUCUCAAAGUUCAGAAACAAACUUUGCAGAGGAUAUUAUGAAAGAAUUUGACAGGCACAACAGUGAAGCAAAUGAAGAUUCUGGUAUUGAUAUUAAAUAUUCUUUUAUCACGACACAGGCAUUUCCUGUAGCAAGUGACAAAAGAAUUCCGACUGCAUCCAGCCUCACUACCAGGGUGACCAAUGUUGAAACAUCUACCUGGAAACAGUUCAUUAGUGAAAAGGAUGAAAACCAUAAGAAUGCCUUUGAAGAGGAAGAAAAUGCAGAAAAAAUAUUGGCUGCUACUGAUGAAAUUUCUCAAAGGGAAGCCUCUCAUGUGAUAAAACUUGAACAUACAACCACUGUUUUUUCUUUUACUGAAACCCCCACUAAAACACCCAAAGUUACCUCAAACCCUACAGUACUGGGUACAACAGAUCAUGAUGGUUCUGGAGAAGGCUCUGGCUGGCUGGAGAAGUUGGAAAAACAUUCUGAAUCACCUACUCAGUUGCCAAAAAAGGAAAUAUCAUUUACUUCUCAUACCCCUCAGGAAAACGGUUCAGAUGUUGUGAAUCCUGAUAGAGCAAUGAAUGGAUCAUGGGUGCUGUUAGUAUCAUCACCCAGUCAGAGAAAAGAAAAGGAAACACCACCAACUUCAGAUAGUGACCUCCCAUAUACAUUUGCAGAUGAAAGUUCUACAAACAACAUAAAGGACUAUGAAGAAUUAAUUCCAAUAGUUGACGACAAAAGAAAUUAUUCUGGAGAGAUCUCUAGCUUCACUGAUGUUAUUGCGGAAGGUCAUGGAAUGAUAGCUGAUAAAACAACAAUUAUAGAUGCUGAUAAUUUGCAAUCAAAUAUUGAAGACAUAGGCAGCCGAACAACUGUUGAUUCUGAAACAUAUUCGAUAUAUGAUAUUUAUACAUCACCAAUAGAAAUCCAGAAUGCAACACCUGCAGGUACUUUGAACAAUGAUACACUUGCUGUCUCUGGAGAUAUCCAAGGAAGUUCUGUAACCAGUAAGUUCAUAAACAGUGAAUCCAUAAUAUCUGAACACACAGCAAUAUCUGAUUCUAUGGGGUCAGGAGAUAGCCUACCUUUCACAAUAAAAUUCCCCAUCUCUCAAGAACUACCUCAGAUAUCUACUUCACUUCCAACAAUAUCAUUACUAAUCACUUCUACUGUAUCAAUUCCAACAAGCUCUGGUGCAGAUGAAAAGGAGAAGGGAGUUGAAACUAAAGACAAAGAAUCCAAAAGUACAAUAGAAGACAGUUCUGAAUUACAAACAUUAUCAGACAACCAAGCAAUAGCUGAUCAAAGUGAAAUUGCUCCUAUGAACAUAACUUCUGGAAUAGAACACAUAGAUUUGAUAAAGAAAAAACACAUGACACCAUCCCCCACUCUAUUACACCUACCUCUUAAACCAGAGCAUGAUCUGACCACUCACAAAUCUGAAGAGAACACUGUUUCUACACAGCUUGUGUCCCAAAGUGUAUCAAACUCUGAAGAAACAACCGAGGAGUCUUAUGAAGAUAUGCAGACUGCAACCACAGAAUCCAAAGAAAAUGAUCUUGAUGAUUUUUUACUAGUAACACAUACACCAAAGUUGCCUGUGACUGUUUAUUUACUCAAUGGAGUUUCUGAGCACUCUGAAGAAAUUGUGCCAAGUACUUCAUCAUCAGCUGAUUUUGAUAAGCAUGAUUCAUCAGUGGUACAAACCUUCAGAGAAGCUAGUGCUGAUAUUGCAGCAACUUACAAACCUUCUGUGAAUGAAUUUUCAGUUAACACAGUGUUUCCAUUAACAUCUUCAUUCAAAUGGAAAUUUGAGAGCAAACUCACUGAAAACACACCUGUUUUUAAUGAUCCUGUAGCAAAAACAAAAGAAAAGCCAGGAAGUUCAGAGGAACUGAUUACUGAAGAAGAAAGCAAUGUUUCGAGAGAAUAUCUUUCAAAAGAAGAAAAGCCAACAAUGUUUAUAUCUUCAGGCAGUGAAACUGUAGAAAUUAGCUCUGAAGAAGGGACUUCUUUUGAGAAGGUGAAGGAGCUACAUCAACUAGAUGAAAAUAGUGCUGAGGGAGAUCUGCUGUGGAUACACACCACACCAUCUUCAGUACCGCAUGAAAGUAAAACUGGUGGAGUCUUUGGUACUGAUGGAGAAGCAGGCCCAUGGCCAAUUUCACCCCCACCAUCUGUGGAUACAGUUGUGAAACCCCAGUCUACUCAGAAGGAGCCGACAUUUUCAUCUAAUGAUGUGCCCCAAACCCCUGGCCCUGAAAGCAUACCUGACUAUAACAAGCAGGCAAGAAAUACAGAGGAUAUAAAUGCAAGUGAACUUGUAACUCCACCAUUUUUGCUUUUGGAUGUUACUAAUGGAUCAAAUUUCCUGAUGAGCACAGGUGAGGGAUCAGUAGAAGGCACAGCAGUUCAGAUCCCAGGUCAAGAUCCAUGCAAAAGCAGCCCAUGUCUACAUGGGGGCACUUGCUACCCACGGGAUUCUUUCUACAUCUGCACUUGUAUGCCGGGUUUCAGUGGUGACCAGUGUGAAUUAGAUGUUGAUGAAUGUCAAUCCAGCCCUUGCAGAAAUGGAGCCACAUGCAUUGAUGGACUCAAUACAUUUACUUGCCUUUGCCUUCCAAGCUAUGUUGGGGCUCUUUGUGAAAAAGACACUGAAACCUGUGAUUAUGGGUGGCACAAGUUCCAAGGGCAGUGCUACAAAUACUUUGCCCAUCGGCGGACAUGGGAUGCAGCUGAGAGAGAAUGCCGCCUCCAGGGAGCCCAUCUGACAAGCAUCCUCUCCUAUGAAGAGCAGAUUUUUGUGAACCGCUUAGGACAUGACUACCAGUGGAUUGGCUUGAAUGAUAAGAUGUAUGAAAGUGACUUCCGCUGGACUGAUGGCAGUGUACUGCAAUAUGAAAACUGGAGGCCAAACCAGCCAGACAGUUUCUUUUCUUCCGGAGAAGACUGUGUUGUUAUAAUUUGGCAUGAAAAUGGCCAGUGGAAUGAUGUACCAUGCAACUAUCAUCUCACCUAUACUUGCAAGAAAGGCACAGUGGCCUGUGGCCAGCCGCCUGUUGUAGAAAAUGCAAAGACUUUUGGGAAGAUGAAGCCUCGUUAUGAAAUUAACUCACUGAUCAGAUACCACUGUAAAGAUGGGUUCAUCCAACGCCAUGUUCCAGUCAUCCGCUGCCAAGGAAACGGUCGAUGGGAUUUGCCUAAAAUUACCUGCAUGAUUCCAUCUUCAUUCCAAAGGACUUAUUCUAAGAAAUAUUAUUAUAAACAUUCUCCACCGGGAAAGGGAAACUCAUUAAAUUCAUCAAAACAUUAUCAUCGUUGGAUCAGGACAUGGCAGGAUUCAAGGCGCUGAAUGCACUCUGGUUAAAACAAGAUGUUUGCCAUGCUAGCCAAAGUCCUAGCUUACCGUGCCUUUUAAAAAAAAUCAAUUAUAAGAGUAUUACCAAGCAUGUUGGAGAAAACGUAAGGACCUCAGUAUUCACAGUACAUGCCAGUGAUUGCUACAGAUGAAAGUUUUGAAAAGCCAUUUCCAGCCUAUCUAGUGCAUUAAUUUCUACAUGAUUUGUGAGGGACCAGUUGAUUCUAUAUCCCAGCAUCCUAUAAUAAUUAAACUCUUCCAUUUAGCACCAAUGAUAAUGUAAAUAAGAUGAUUUAAUGGUGUUUAAGUGUGUGUUGUUUUGAAAGAAAAAAAACCCUGUAUAUACAACGAGAUGUAACAUUAAGUUCAGGCUUAUUUAUGGCUAUUUGGCCUCAGAGGUCUUUAAUCAUUUAUUCUGUUUGUCUUGAGAUACAUCACCAAGCUGGGAAUAGUUUUAAGUUGUUGUCUGCUCUCUUUUUUCAUAAACAUGAGAAAAAAUGGCUAUAUCUGUGUGAAGAUGAGCAACAAAAGGGGCAUCUUGCUUGAAGAACACUGCUACUCCCCAACUGAGGUCCACAGAGAACCAUGUGAUGUAAACCCACUUAAGGAGAAUGACAAAUGGAAACAACUCUGACCAAGGGACUGCAAUAUGGAACUUGACUUUUUUUCCCUUUCCAGCUUUGACAUUGAUUGAAAGGGACUUGCCUGAAGGAUUUUGUCUUCUUUUUAAAUGACAAGGAGGGUCUGUAGGAAUAACAGUAACAAUAAUAAAGUGCUAAUACAGUAAUUCUCAACCAGGGCCACUUUUUAAAAAGAUAACUUUUACAACACUAACCGUGGGUCUAUGUUACAGCUCUCUGCAUUUUCAGAUGGAGAUAGAUAGGCCUACAUUUUUUGUAAAAAAAAAUUAGAAAAAUAAAAUAAAAAGUAAAUAAUUUUGUAUAUAUAUAUAUAUAACCAUUUUUAAUCCUUUUAUAAAGUAAUGAAUGUUUGUGUAUGGAUGCUGCAGCUGUGAAGCGUACAUAAAUAAAUGAAGUAAGCCAUACUGAUAUAAUUUAUUGGAUGUUCUUUUUAUCUUGAAAUAGCUAGGUGGCUUAUUGAUAGCUACCAGGUUCCUGUGAUACAUUUGAAAGAAUCAGAUUUGACUUCAAAUGUUUUUGGCUUGGGAGCAGGGGACUAAUAAAUGGGAUCAUUUGUCUGUCAGGACAUGAGUGAGAGCUGAGUAUCUUGUACAUAAUCAACUUUGUUAUCUGUGAAUAAUAUUUAUGCCCCCAUAGAAGUAUUGUAAGUUUUCUCUUCAUAGUAGACACAACUGAGGAUGUGUAUAUUGGGAGUGGGAGGACGCAGCUCUGGUGGAAAAUCAUAGCUGCAGAAAAUAGUAAUUUUAAAAAACAGUUUGGAUGUGGUAUUGCUGGACCUAUCUCAUAUAUUUGAUGGGUGGCAAGAAAGCCUUCGUCCUUCACAUUUCUUGACAUGCCUGCCUUCUGCUGAAGUUUCCAGGCAUCUCUGCACUGGCAUAAUGUUCCAACGUGUUUUCAUGCAGUAAAUAAGCCCGGAUCAUACCUGGAGCUUUUCCUGGUAUGUUAAUCUCAUAGAUAUAGGUUUAUAUAUUUUAGUUGUUAAAUGCACAGACCCACUUUGAAUUUGCACAUUGUUGUGGGUCUCUGAUAAUGGCGUUAAAUAUGGGAUAGACACACCUGGUGGGUUGGGACCCUAUAUCUGCCAGGUGUCCACAAUAUAUUUGGCAACAAGUAUUGUCUAAUACAUCCUAAAUCUACCCAACUAUCAAUAACCUCUUUGGGUUUUUUUUUUAGCAUAAUUGGAAAGGGAAUAUUUCAAAUGUUCUGUGCUUUGAGCGUUAGAACACCAUUAAGAAGAAAAAUAUUCUAGUUGUAUCAGUGCAUGUGAAGUUUGUAAGAAGAGUAGAAGAUAAUAAGGGCUAGCUCGUAGACGGACCUCUUUAUAAUAUAAUUCAGUAUGUGUUUUUAGUAUAUGUCAUAGAUGAAGCUGUGAACGGACCCUAUGCAUACUUUCACAUGUCAAGGACCUGGCUCUGAUGGGUGAAACAAGGUGAUUUUACAUGUCAUACUAAUUCUGUGUGGCAAGUAUUUCCUUUUGAAGGCAACCUCAAAUGUGCAACUACCAAACUAGGGUUCAUUUUGAUGUUGGCAGGUAUUCUGUAUGCAGUAUACACUUUCUCAUCACUUAAUGGUUCAUUUUGCCAAAUUAACCCAUUCUGUGUUGACUUGAGAUGACUUGAAAAUCAAUGUAUCUUAUAUUGUGUGAAUUUAUGAGAUUUCAUGCAACGGUUUUGCCCUUAUGCAAUAAUUUUAUACAAAAAAGGGAAUUGCGUCAUAUGAAAUAGCCAAACAUUGAUAUUUGCUUAAAGACUGCAACAAAAACCAAAAGCCAGAGUUUAAGGAGUUUAAAACAAAACUCACUAUUAUUAUUAAAAAGUGAUAAGCAAAGGGGGAAAAACACCUUGCUAUUUUGUUGGUGAAAUUGAAUAAAUCUUCCAUUUAAAAUAAAA